UUUCAUCCGUUCUCCGCCACACUAAUCUUCCAGGUAAGGGAGCGCAGCAAAAAUGGUGUCUCUGAAGAUCCAGAAGCGGCUCGCCGCGUCGGUGAUGAAGUGCGGGAAAGGCAAGGUUUGGCUCGAUCCGAAUGAAUCCUCCGACAUCUCCAUGGCCAACUCUCGACAAAACAUCAGGAAGCUGGUGAAUGAUGGUUUCAUCAUCAGGAAGCCAACCAAGAUCCACUCUCGUUCCAGGGCUCGCCGUAUGAAGAUCGCCAAGAUGAAGGGUCGUCACUCUGGAUACGGUAAGAGGAAGGGUACCAGGGAAGCUAGGUUGCCGACGAAGGUACUGUGGAUGCGUAGGAUGCGUGUUCUAAGGCGUCUCCUGAAGAAAUACAGAGAGUCGAAGAAGAUUGACAAGCACAUGUACCAUGACAUGUACAUGCGUGUCAAGGGUAACGUGUUUAAGAACAAGCGUGUCUUGAUGGAGAGCAUCCACAAGUCCAAGGCCGAGAAGGCCAGAGAGAAGACCUUGUCUGCUCAGUUUGAGGCUAAGAGGGCUAAGAACAAGGCUAGCCGAGAGAGGAAACAUGCUAGGAGAGAAGAGCGUCUUGCGAAGGGUCCUGGAGGAGAUGUUGCGCCUGUAACUGCACCACCAGCUGCUGCUGCUGCUGCUACAACUACUGCUCAAACCACAGAGGUACCGAAGAAGAAGUCUAAGAAGUGAAGAGGAUAUAGUCGUCAAGCUAUAUAGACCAGUGACUUUAAGAAGUUUUUUUUGAAUGUUUUAUGAAUUUUGGUUUGUUGAAAUACUUUUGUUGCCAAGAAAAACAUAAUUGUUAUGGUUUCAGAUUUUUAGCUUAUCAGUUUACCUACUUUUCGAAACUAUGUCUUUUUUUUUCCUGAAUGUUACUUCUUAAAUUGCUUUA